CAACCCGCUGAAAGAAAAGCGAGUAAAUAAAACGAGAAUACGUAAAAUUUACAAUAAAAGCGAAUUAAUGCAAAUAAUAUAAACACAAAAAGAGAAUCUAAAAACUAAAUUCAGAACGUCUAUAUAAUUAAAAUCAUGGUGGGCAUUAGCUUUGGUUUUGAAAAAUACUGGCUUCUACAAAUAUAAUACCGGGGAGUGGCUAAAAUAAAAAGAAAAAGUGUCCAAAGAAAACAAAUUAAGGGUCACACUGGUACUAUAUAAACAUAAACAAAACAAAAAAAAAAACAAUAUUUAUAAAAAUGACAGCUGAAGUGGAAUCGGCUGCAGCGGCUGAUAAGUUUUCGGCCAAUGCUGAAGAAUUGGAGAGCUACUAUUUGCAGCUGGAAGCGGGAAAUAUACCAGAAUUGCAGUGGCAAUUCCCUGGACGACGAGCACCAUCGCCGGAUGCCACUUCCAAUGCAAAUAGCAAGGAUCUGGAUGUGGGAGCCACCGAUGCCAUUGAACAAGAACCACAAAAGUCAAAUGACUUUGAUUUCAGCGAUGAUGUGGCCCCCACCCAGAUGCGAGUACGUAGCCAGACAUCCACACCAAAGUCAGCCAAGAAGAAGACGGCCAACUUUGCCGGCGUUAUGGAGACAUUAAAGAAAAAGAAUGCAGAGAGCUCCUAGCAGUUUGUCAAGCGUGGCAUCGGCUCACAACUCUUCUAAAACAAAAACCGAUUGUACAUACACUACUUAUAUUAAUUUGUUUUUAAACUCUUGAAUUAUUGUAUAGUUCCAUUGUAUAGUGUCGUUUCCAAUUGUACGUAAUAUGUGUAAGCGUGUUCGUCAUGGUAAUGUAUAAGAAAGUGUCUCUAUUGUAUCUGUAUAGUAUCUGUCCCCCUUUGUUUUGCAUAGUCUAAAUGCAUGUGUAGAUGAUAAAUAUAUUACCUGGUAACAUUUUAUAACUGUC